CCAAAGUUUAGUACUUACUUCGCACGCUAAUGGCUGCUCCUCCUCCUCAAGAAGUAAAGAACAAAUUCAACAAUGGUGAUAUGAUCCGUAAAUUGACAGAGGGCGGAAGAAUGACAAGGGGAGCAGCUUUAUCGGAAUGUAUAUUUUGCCAAAUUGCUACCUCUUCCACUUCCACCACUCUCCUUCACUCCGAUGAUAAAGUUGUUGCAUUUCGAGAUAUUAAUCCCUCUGCCUUCAGGCAUUACUUGGUAAUUCCAAAACUGCACAUUCCAACUGUCAAAAACCUUCAGAGAAGCCCAGAAGAUUUCUCCUUGGUGAGUCACAUGUUAGAUGUCGGGAAGAGUCUGUUACAUAGGGAUGCACCUCAGUCCAAGCAUUACAGAUUUGGUUUUCAUCAGCCCCCAUUCAACAGUGUUGAUCACCUCCACCUCCACUGCUUUGCACUUCCUUAUACUCCAAGCUGGAGGUGUAUAAAAUACUUGUCAUUGGGGCCACUCGGUGGAUUUAUUGAAGCUGAAAAGCUUUUGGAGAGAAUAAAGCCACAAAUUCCUCAUCACUCAUCUAUGUAACUGUCUGUAAAUUUGUGGUUUCUAAUUAAAAUUGGCAAAAGUGUUAGUAAUCUGCUAACUAUUCUUCAUCAAUAUAUACAUGUGUAAAAUUCAGUCAUUAACCUUGAGAAUGAUCUUGUUACAGAACCUAAUUAUUCAAUUAUAUCUUUUGAUUGAAAAAUCAAAGUUGGA